CCCUCGAGCCGCCACCAUGCUGCCGCCCGCGCCCUCCCGCCUAGGGCUGCUGCUACUGCUGCUCUUGUGCCCAGCGCACGUCGGCGGACUGUGGUGGGCCGUAGGCAGCCCGUUGGUCAUGGACCCUACCAGCAUCUGCCGGAAGGCUCGGCGACUGGCGGGGCGGCAGGCCGAGUUGUGCCAAGCGGAGCCGGAAGUGGUAGCCGAACUGGCCCGAGGCGCCAGGCUCGGGGUGCGAGAGUGUCAAUUCCAGUUCCGCUUCCGCCGCUGGAACUGCUCCAGCCACAGCAAGGCCUUCGGGCGCAUCCUGCAGCAGGAUAUCCGGGAAACGGCCUUUGUGUUUGCCAUCACCGCGGCUGGCGCCAGUCACGCGGUCACGCAGGCCUGCUCCAUGGGUGAGCUGCUGCAGUGUGGCUGCCAGGCACCCCUAGGACGCCCCCCGCCUCGGCCUCCCGGCCUGCCUGGCACCCCCAGGCCCCCAGGCCCCGCGGGCUCCCCCGACAGCAGCGCCGCCUGGGAGUGGGGAGGCUGCGGCGACGACGUGGACUUCGGAGAUGAGAAGUCGAGGCUCUUUAUGGACGCGCAGUACAAGCGGGGACACGGAGACAUCCGUGCGCUGGUGCAACUGCACAACAACGAGGCUGGACGGCUGGCGGUGCGGAGCCACACGCGCACUGAGUGCAAGUGCCACGGCCUGUCUGGCUCAUGCAUGCUGCGCACCUGCUGGCGGAAGCUACCCCCGUUCCGCGAGGUGGGCGCAUGGCUGCUUGAGCGCUUCCACGGCGCCUCGCGCGUCAUGGGCACCAACGACGGUAAGGCCCUGCUGCCCGCCGUGCGCACGCUCAAGCCGCCCGGCCGCGCCGACCUUCUCUACGCCGCCGACUCGCCCGACUUCUGCGCUCCCAACCGGCGCACCGGAUCGCCAGGCACGCGUGGCCGCGCCUGCAACAGCAGUGCCCCGGACCUCAGCGGCUGCGAUCUGCUGUGCUGCGGCCGCGGGCACCGCCAGGAGAGCGUGCAGCUGGAGGAGAACUGCCUGUGCCGCUUCCACUGGUGCUGCGUUGUGCAGUGCCACCGCUGCCGCGUGAGCAAAGAGCUCAGCCUCUGCCUCUGACCCGCCGCGGAGCUCUCCAGACCGCGCGCGGACACCGCCUCUUGGCGCCUGAGAGAUCGCUGGGCUCCAACAGGGGGCGUUACCCGCACUCUGCCUCUCCCUGCGAUAGUCCAUCUUCCAGGCCUCUGGAGACUGAGACCCGGCAUUUGUGAUGCACACUGCCCACGAAGGCUCAGGGCACUAGAGGAGCCCUGAGAGCCGCUCUGGGGGUUCCUUGGGGAGACCCUACGGGCCCUCUCUUUCCUUGACCCCCAAGUGUAAACCAGAGAGCCAACCCCUAGGAUUCUGGAUGUGAGGCUCCUCAGAACUGUUGACAUGAAAUGGGUGGGUGAGGUUAGUAUCAAUAAAGAUAUUUAAGUCAAUACGACUGGAUCCAGAGUUUGGGUGGAGGGCUGGGUCUCCUGCGGGCUCUGGAAGAGCUGUGUGAGGGAAGGUGGUUUUGAUAGCACUGGCAUCUCAGGGGUCACCAUCCUGGGUUCCCAUAUUUCCCCCCACCAGGUUGGGCUCUCCUGAAUACCAUUUCUCUCUUCCUUGGCACUCUUCUGGUUCACCCUUCUCACACUUGUAGGACUUAGAUCUGUGAGCUGGGGAAGAACUAGCAAUCCUUUAAAGGAUAGAGAAAAGGCCUGGGGAAAGGGGACCAAAAGCCUCUGUCUCAGGCCAGGCUUCACCUUCAUUUCUAGGAGAUUGUGACACUUUUAUCUGCCCUUCUGUUUCUGUGUCCCCUGGGGAAUCCGAGGACAGACUUAAUAAAAUAAUAGACUUUAUUUUCUAGAGAAGUUCUUGGUUUAUAGAAAAAUUGCAUAGAAUGUACAAUGAGUUCCAAGAUACCUACACCACACUUUCCCUAGUAUUAACACCUAGCAUUAGUGUGGUAGGUUUGUACAAUUAAGGGACCAAUAUUGAUCCAUUAUUAUUAACAACAGCCCAAAGUUUAGCACAGGGUUCACUCUUCGUGUUGUGCAGUUCUGUGGGUUUGGACAGAUGCGUAAAAUCGCAUAUUCACCAUGACAGUAACA